CGUAAAAAUACGUUUCGUAAAAAACACGAAAUGCAUCUGUAUUUUAAACUAUUAUUUUAAAUACGUAUAUGUCAAACAUGUGGAGUAAUUUCUAAAUGGAUUUUUCGAGAUUCUCCAGAGCCCGUGCAAAGAUAACUUUUAUGUCGAAAGCGCCGCUGCUGCCACCUUUGGACUGAGCACGCACUCGCGCGGCACGGCGCUGACGGUCCUUCCGUACAGGAGUCUUGGAUACCAGAUGUGUGCACGAUUUGCCCGAAGUAGACUCCACUAACAAAAAUCGAGACGAAAGAAAAUGAAGAACAAACGGAAACAUGCCGUACUGUUGUGGAUGCUGGUGUGCUCUGGCUUGGCAGAAGCUAUUGAGCCCAUAAGUACCAGCAUAGCCGUGGGCAUGGCAGCGGCUCUCACUGGUUUUUUGGCCAGCUACCCCAAUAUUCUCUACUAUUUCCAUGAAUGCUGUCGACCAGAGUGGAUUUCUUUCAACAAAACAGGUCUUGAGGUGGACCUAGAAAACAAACUGUUUGGUCAGCAUAUUGCAUCGCGAAUCAUCUCAAAAGCUGUAAAUGGGUUCAUGAAUAACGACAACCCAAAGAAGCCCCUGGUUCUCUCGCUGCACGGAUGGACUGGGACGGGAAAGAACUUUGUCAGUAAAAUGAUUGCAGAAAAUAUCUACAAGGAGGGAAUGCACAGCAGUUUUGUGCACGUUUUCACAUCUGAACUGCAUUUCCCACACGCCAGUCAAAUUGAGAUUUACAAGUCGCAGCUACAGCAAUGGAUCAAAGGCAAUGUCACCAACUGUGCCCAGUCCAUGUUUAUUUUUGAUGAGAUGGAUAAAAUGCACCCCGGUUUAAUUGACAGCAUUAAGCCUUACCUGGAUUAUUAUGACAAACUGGAUGGAGUGUCCUACCGAAAAGCUAUCUUUAUCUUUCUCAGCAAUGCUGGCGGGGAGAGCAUAAUACAGACAGCCUUAGAUUUCUGGAAGGCUGGUCGUGACAGAGAAGAGAUUGGGCUUAGUGAUGUAGAAACUGCGCUCUCUUUGUCUGUGUUUAAUAACAAGAAAAGUGGCCUGUGGCAUACAAGUUUGAUUGACAAGAACUUGGUGGAUUUCUUUGUUCCUUUUCUUCCAUUGGAAUACAAACACGUGGUUCAGUGCGCCUUGGCAGAGAUGGAAGCCAGAGAUCUAGAACCAGACAUGUCUAUCGCAGACCAAGUGGCUAGAGAUUUAAUUUACUUUCCCAAGUCUGAGAGAGUGUUCUCAGUCACAGGCUGCAAGACAAUAAUUAGUAAACUGGACUACUAUGUGUGAGUGUCUGGGGGAUGCCAAAAGUCACUACAUGCACUUUUAAAUAGGAGAGGCUUUCUGCCACAGCAUCACAAGCCAGUGGACACUUCUGUUCAUUGUGUUGAGAACAACGGGUUUUUACUGAACCUUUUUCUUAAGUCUUAGAGCUGAUGAAAGAGCACAGUGGCUCAUUUUACAGGAUCUGUAUCUGGGUUACAGUUUCUUAAAGUCUUGUAGACAGCCUUGUUUUUACUGUUAUACAUUUUUGGUUUACUGGAGAAAAAAACCCUGCAUUGUUAAAAUUUUUAAUCUACUGAAUAGUUUUUCGCCAACUACUGACUUGUGGUUGUAACAGAAAAUUGUUUAUCAUUUUGUGUAAUAAUUUAAAUGUGAUUGGAGAUGAAUUACAUUUUAAAGCUGAUAUUUUGUGACAAAAUUGUUGAUUUUAAAACAGUGGUCUGCAUUUUACUCUUCUACACUUGUACAUUGUCUUUUUGAUACAAUUGUCAUGUAUGUAAAAUGCUAUUGGCCUUUUAUACCAUUUUAUACAAGAGGGGCCUUGAGAAAUAAAAACUAUUUUGUGGAUGUUAAUGUGAACAAGAACCUGUGAUGUCCACAAAUGAAAAUAACAUUAAAAAAGUUAACUGUAAA